AUGGCCUUCCAGAUGACUGGUGUCACCAACAUCAUCGUUGAUUGGUUAGUGAAGACGCUCUCUGAGUCUAAGCCGACCCCAAAAGUUGUAACUGUUGUGAAUCCUGGGAACCUAAGCGGCACCUAUGUCCCUGAACCGCUUCUUAAGAGGAUUUCAAAGAUAUGCGAAGAUGCAGGGUGUUGGCUGAUUGUAGAUAACACAUACGAGUAUUUCAUGUAUGACGGUUUAAAACAUUGUUGCGUUGAGGGAGACAACAUAGUUAACGUCUUCUCCUUCUCCAAAACCUAUGGCAUGAUGGGGUGGAGGCUUGGAUAUAUAGCUUACUCACAGAGAUUAGAUGUGUUCGCGGCAGAGCUUUUGAAAAUUCAAGACAACAUCCCAAUCUGUGCUUCCAUAAUAUCUCAGCGUCUGCAAGUCUUGCUUCAAGUGCUCUCACUGUAA